UUUGAUAUUUCCCUCAAUCGAUGUUCAUAUUCUAUCUUGUCCGAAUUCUAUCUUCCCUCUCCAAGUUUCCGGCUUCACGAAGAUCAGUGAACCUCAAUCACUAACAAGUUCGAUUGGAGCCCUGUAAUGACGGAAAUCAAUGAGCAACUCUCUGUUUACCCAACAAAUUCCACGGAUUUACAUCACCAUCAAGAAAACCAGAUCGUGGACGAAGAAGAAGAAGACGACGACGUUGCAGGCGGAGAGUCGAUAGAUAACCCUCACAUCCGAUUCGAAUCUCACGUUCUACACGAUGAUGGUAGCGUUGGCCCGAUUAAUGGCGUCGAACAACCUCUUCAUCCUCAUGAUUUCUAUACCAAUGCUUCUGAAAUUGUUCCGGUCACUGACAACGGUGGAACCGACCAGCUCACGUUGUCUUUUCAGGGAGAGGUUUAUGUCUUCGAUUCCAUUACGCCUGAAAAGGUACAAGCAGUUCUAUUACUAUUGGGUGGGUAUGAGGUGCCGGCUGGCAUUUCAACCAUUGGUGUGAACCCACAGAUUCGAAAGGCUUCAGAUGAUUUCCCAUGUAGAUCAAGUCAGUCACAAAGGGCUGCCUCUUUGUCUCGAUUUAGGGAGAAGAGGAAAGAAAGAUGUUUUGACAAGAAAAUUCGUUACACGGUGCGAAAAGAAGUUGCACUCAGGAUGCAGCGGAAAAAAGGUCAAUUUACUUCAUCCAAGUCAAUAUCAGACGAAGGGCCUUCAGAUGGUGAUGGUACUACAUAUGAGCAGGAAACUUUAUGUGCACACUGUGGGAUAAACUCAAAAUCCACCCCAAUGAUGCGACGUGGCCCGACUGGACCAAGGACUUUGUGUAACGCUUGUGGACUUAAAUGGGCAAAUAAGGGCGUUCUAAAAGAUAUCCCCAAAGCAAUGUCAACGAAUAUCGGAACACAAAACAACAACAUUAAAGUGAUUGAACAGAAAGUAAUAACCGAUCCGACUGAAAUGGCGAAUAGUUCUCAACUGUAGCAGCAGCUACAUUUGGAAUUUUGAUAAUCAUGCAAUUGUGGAAGCAUUUGUUAGCGAAAACAGGAAGCUUCAAUUUGUGUUUCUAGUUGGGUGGAAUUGAAAAAUUUGUAGUAUAUUAUAAUUGGUUUUAUUGAAAAAGGAAAUAUGGUAUUUCUUCUAUUAAAAGUAUUUUUCAUAACAUGUGGACAGUUGUAAAAUAUUUAGAGAUUAAUAAUUAGAUGGAUGAACUUUUUAAGACUCAUUUAUAUUUAUCAACAGUUACUUUUAAGUUUUUUUUUAUUAU